AAAACUAAGCCUUCAUGCGGCGAUUUAAAGUAUAAAUAGCCUCGUCGCGUCCAGAAAUACGCUUUACUGCAGAACUGUUACACAGAGUUGUCAUUGUUGCAAUUCAGCGAGCUUUCUCCUUUUUUUUAGUUUAAACGCGCCAUAUAAUCCAUUGGAACUGUGUGCUGGCACACUGAAGGAUUUUCGGUACGGUUUUUGGCUGCUUUUGGUGAUUUCGUCGCGUCGGUUUUUUAUUCGUUUGGUCAACUUAAGCACGGAGCGUCUCUAAGCUUGUUCUUUUCUCGUGAAUAUGAAGGCAUCUGCUCAUCCUCCUCCUCCUCCACCGCCUCCUUCCAUGUUUGAAGGUCCCUGGAACUGGGAUUUCCACAUGCACGGACCUGGUUUCCAUGGUCCACCACCCCCACCUCCUCCACCCGGGCCUCAUGGACCCCACCAUUGUGGUCCGCCAGGUCACUGCUGGCCACCGUCGCCCCCACACCACCACCAUGGUCCCCCUCCGUUUUGGGACUUCCCCCACCCCCCUCCACCUUGCCCACCUUGGGGAUGGGGACCUCCACCCCAUCAUCAUCAUCCCCCAUUCUGGCACCCCAAGUUCCCUCCAAUGGGACCUCCGCCUCCGUUCCUCGGCCGCGGUCCUCCCGGAGGUCCUCACUUCAGAACGUGGGAUGAUGAGUUCGUGGCGUUUCGUCGUUCCGCGGCGGGACCCGGGCCUGGACCGGAAGUCGGUUUUUCGUUCUACAGCCGUGAAGACGGCGAGCCUGAGGGCGUAGACCGUGGUUUUGGAGAAGACCGCAACUAUGGUCCGGAAGAGGGUGCGGAAGCUGAGCGUCCUGAGGAGCCGGAGCGGUUUGGACCGGGUGGUCGCUACUACGCCUACGGUGCUUGGGGUCGCAUGCAUCCUGAGGACUUUUCUCGUUUCGGUCGCGAAUUUUUCGGUCCGUACAGGGACGUCGAGUGUCCCAGCGACGUUGACGAUCGCGAGUUUGCUGUUGAAGAGUUGGACGAAGUGAACGACGAGCCUUCGGGCGAAAAUGUGCAAGCCCGUGGCCGUCAUCAUCAUCAUCGUGGAGAAGGCCACAGACGUAGAGGCCGUGGCCAUGGAAAAGUGCAUCUUCCGUGCUCUCAACGCCGUGCGUGUGCCAAGGAAGCUCGUCGUGAGGCGAUUGAACGACUUUCUGAGCGAGUGCGAGUGAGACUUUCAACGUCUUCCAGUGAACAAAACGAAGAGAAGACGGAGAGUGCUGACCAGCCUGCUGUCUCGCCUACUGAGAAGUGUGCAGGUUGUGAAUGUCAUUCGGAGAAAACAACUACUGAGGUUGAGAAUGUUGCCCCGAAGCCUACGAAGGCUUUGGAUGCAUCCUCAAAGCCCGAUACCUCAUCAAAGGAACCCAAGAGUGCUUAGUGGCAUUUGAUCAAGUUAUUCUUCUGGUUUUCUUGUGCAACCACAGUUGCUAUUCCUAUGUUGCAAGCUGCUGGUCGGUUUUGUGACCGCAGAACAGCUGGUCUGUUUUGUGUCUGUCGAACGAUUGAGCUGGUCUCGAUCGUGUACUAAUAGCAUUCAUGCAUAAGUUUUUAUCUCAA